AUGGUUGUUGAUGCCGAUUCAUCACUCAACGCACAACAAGUUACCAUUCAUCAAAAACUACAAGUCAAAGGUCAAUGCCAAGGAGAAACUGAAGCUUUUUUCCAUCAAAAAAUAGUCGAAGAAGAUCUGAAAAACUUUGCUCUAGAGUAUAUUCACGAUUUUACCGACCAAGGCCAACCCACUGAUAAAAACGAACCACAAUCAUCUGCUACUACCAAAAACAUCAACAACAACAACAACAAACAAUUAACUACUAUCAAAAACAAAAACAACAACAACAACCAUUUAACUACCAAAAACAUCAACAACAACAACAACAAACCAUUAUCUACUACCAAAAUCAACAACAACAACUUCAACAAAAACAACAAAAAAUUGACUACCAAAAACAUCAACAACAACAACAACAUCAUCAUCAACAAAAACAACAAAAAAUUAACUAUUACCAAUAACAACAAUAUCAACAUCAAAUCAACCAAUGUUAUUGUGAAACUAUUAAUUGACAAAGUGGAGAAAAAAAAGGAAUUAGAAUCAAAAAACUAUAAUCACCAUCUAUCAAAUGUCAUGGCACAGAAAAAGAAUGCCGAUAGUAUUUUGAGUAAACAACACAAUGAACUACAACAACAAUUAGAUCAACAAGAAAAAGAACUCGACCAACAAGAAAAAGAACUCAAUCAAAGAGAAGAAGAGAUAAAACUUAAAAGAGUUCAACUAACCCAUCAAAAAACAAAGCUGACCAGUCAAAUCACAAAAGAUAUUGAAUGA